AUGUCCCGCACCGCCGUUUUCGCCCUCCUCGCCGCCCUUGCCGUUGCUGCCGUCACGGCCAACCGAUGCUACAGCGGUAAGUUCAAUAUUCUCAUUAUUUAUGGAAUCAUGGAAGAAAUGCUGACAAGAAACUUGGAAAGAUCUCAAAAAUUUCAGGUAUCGGAGGACAGGCCCUGCAGCAAAAGGAGUGCGCCGGCGAUUAUUGCACCAAGUGAGCUUUAUUUUACUUCAAAAUUCAACUUUCUUUGGUUCUUAAUUAACUAAAUGAAUGAUUUUCAGAGUCUCUACGAGCAACGGCGGCGUCACCUACGACUGUGACAACGUCAACGUCUGCGCGGUUAGUUUUUUGAAAUCAUCCCUAUCAUCGAAUCUUUUGCACUUUUUCCAAAAAUCUGGUGCUGAGAAAAAUUGAUCUUUGAAAUCUUAAAGUACAAGUAGUGGACCAAUGAUCAGCAAAUUGGCGAUUAAUCUGUUUUCAUCCCCCUUUACCACAAGAAGUCGCUAUAAUUGGCAAGAGACUUGACAAAAAGCAUCUCUAGGUUCAAAAUCAAGUUAAUAACAAAAAAUUUUUCAAAACUUGAUUUUAGAUUUUGAAAUAUGAAGAAACUAAAACCCGUCAAAAUACUCAGAAAAAAACGCCUAAAUUAUCCUUCUUUGCGAAAAAGCAAAACCAAAAUUUAAACUCUAAACACAUUAUGAAGUUACAACUAUCCAUGAGGCGUAUAAAAUCAGGCUGAUUUUUUCGAAAGUUGAAUUAUCACUGGAGCGCAAAAGUACGGCAGUCAGACUAAUUUUUGUCGAGUUGCCAUAUCCAUUUGUGUUUAUAAUCUGAUCAGGCUAAAAUCAAUUCGAUUUCAAACAACUCAUGAAAUGUUUGAAGAGCACUCCACCUGAUACAACUCUUUUACUUAAAUGUUUCCCUAGUCCAUUUCAAAAAAGCUACUCUUCUAAAAAUGCAAAAAAUCCGCAUUUACUUAGUCAAUCUCGGCCACUUUUUCCCGGAUUUCUUUUUUAAAUUUCUUUCCAAACAGUUAAUCUUCAAAAAUGAUUCGCUCAAAAAUCCCACAACACACCCUGAUUCUUCCAAUUUUCAGCGAAACGACUGUGUGACCAACUCCCUGGGAGGAACUACCUGCUGCUGUACCGGAAGCCUCUGCAACUCGGCCUCCUCCGUCACGAUCCUCGCCGCUCUGGCUUCUCUCUGCCUGUCUUUCCUCGCCUUCCACUAA